GGAUGGAUAACGCGAAAACUGCCACUUCCUUAGCGGAGCUUUGAUGAUAGCUUUUGCUCCUCGGCGUUUGAAAAUCAGGCAUCUGUUCAUUCUGUCUUGUCAGGGCUGUCAAGUUCUCUCCUGUGCGCCGCCCUCGGAUAGGUUAGAAGCUGAGUCACAGAACAAUUGACGCAACAACAAGAACAAGCCCGCGUGGAUCAAGUCUUCUCUCCUCGAACGGGAUGGGCGGAUCUAUUUCAAUAAGUGAUGCAUAGUCGAUUGACUCUCCAAAAGUGGCCCUCUACAGGGUUGACAAAUACUUUACAAGUUCAGUGUCUAUAAGAAGGCCAAGUCCCCCCCGGGAAGAGUUCGACAUGAUAUCAAACCAUCGACCUCAAUCCAUUCCCCAAGUCAAUACAACAUUACCAACUAUUUGAUAACAUUCAAACUUGCUCAUCUCCAAUUCCCCAUCAUGCCUACCGGAUCCUGCUUCUGCAAGGGUAUCAACCUUGAAUACACCGGUGAACCCGCCAUGACGGCCCUCUGUCACUGCAACGACUGCCGCCACAUCUCCGGCGGCCUGUACAGUCACAACAUCGUCGUGCCCAGCGAGCAGGUCAAGAUCACAAAGGGUGCGCCCAAGGAGAUCUCCACCACCGCCAACAGCGGCAAGCGCAUGACCAACUGUUUCUGCCCGGACUGCGGCACCACGCUCUUCCGCUACGGCGACACCUUCGGCGGCAGGGACGGCCUCUUGGUCCUCAAGGCGGGCAUCAUGGACGACGCCGACGUCAUCAACAACACCAAACCCGGCGCCGAGUUGUUCGCGCCGCGACGCAUCGAUUGGGUCGAGGGCAUCGGCGGUGCCGCCCAGGUCGAGGAGAUGCCGCCUCCGUCUUGAGCAGCAUCAUUUUUUCCAGAGGCCACAGAAGGGAUACAGAAUACUCACUGCCAAAACAGCCAUUCCUUCAGAGCAUAUACAGUAGAUAAUUACUCCCUCCGGACCAUAGAAACUAGUUAGUCAGUCAUCUGAUAUUCACU